AUGCCGCCUGGACUGCACCUCCUUCCGUAUGCCGCGGGGACCGUGUCUUCUUGCAUACGCUGCGCCUCCUCCCAUGCAAAGAUCCCAUUCUCCAUCCGGAAGUACGCUCCCUCUGACCAGCCUGCUGUGAUGUCACUUUUCCGCGACGGCAUCAUGGAGCACGUGUAUCCGGCUUUCUUCAAGACCCUGAGUCAUCCGGAUCACAUAGGAAUCGCCCUGAGCAUCUCCAUGGCCGGAUACAUUCUGGGAGGAAGCUCAUACUUUCAAGCCUUUCUCUUCGGAAGCGCGUGGGCCGGUCUACUUUACUACUGCUGCUACGAAAUCUACGAAGGCUACAUGGAACAGAGGGUGACCGCGGACAUGGCUAAUGUUCCUGCUAGCUACCUCGACAAUCUCGAUUGUGCGUUUUGGGUGGCGGAAACUGAAGUUAAGGGGCAGCAAAAGUUAGUUGGAAUUGCGGCUGUGAUCGGCAAACGUUCUGAAGUCGAAGGAGAGAGAUUUGACGAUUGGAACGGAGGUGUUAUUGGUGAGGAAAGCGAAUUCGGAACCUACGGAGAACUCAUGAACCUGGUUGUGGCAUUUCCGUGGCGACGUAAAUAUUUUGGGUCAGAGAUGAUGCAGAAAGUGUUGGAUUUUUGCAAAGAACGUGGGUACGGUCGUGUGGUACUAGAUGUUAAUUCUUCUCAAACGGCAGCGAUCGCCAUGUUCCAGAAAUAUGGCUUUGUGCAGACGGCAUCCCAUAAUAACACUCACUCCAACCGCUGGUUCUCCAGACUGGCCCGGAUAAACGUGCUGAGGAUGGAGAAGGUCAUCUAA